UCUUAAGAGAGACUUCACGAGAAAAACUUGAAGAAUCGAAAAUUUACAAAAUAUGAUGAUGAUGAUACUUUUCUUAUGCUUAAUAGUUUUCAUAACAAUUCUCUUCUUCAAAAAGCAGACGACAGGGAAGAAUAGCUACACCUUUGCAUCCCCACCGAGACUUCCGUUGAUCGGAAACCUUCAUCAGCUCGGCCAACAUCCUCACCGAUCACUAUGCUAUCUCAGCCACCGUUACGGUCCUCUCAUGCUCCUCCACUUCGGAAGUGUCCCCGUUAUCGUAGCCUCUACAGCAGAAGCGGCUCGAGACAUUUUAAAGACGCAUGAUGCCGUUUUUGCGAGCCGUCCGCGGUCAAAGAUCUUCGAAAAGCUUCUUUACAAUAGCCGUAAUAUGGCAUCAGCUCCUUAUGGAGAGUACUGGAGACAAAUGAAGAGUGUGAGUGUCAUCCAUCUCCUCAGCAACAAAAUGGUAGGGUCCUAUAGACAAGUGAGACAAGAAGAGAUCGGUCUUAUGAUGGAAAAGAUCCGAGAAUCGGGUUCUUCGCCUAUGAAUCUAACCAAGAUCUUGUCGUGUUUAACUAACGAUGUUAUCUGUCGUGUCGCUUUGGGACGCAAAUACGGUGUUGGAACAGAUUUUAAAGAGAUGAUAGACAGGCUCAUGAGGCAGUUGGGUACGUAUACUGUCGGGAGCUUUGUACCGUGGCUUGGGUGGAUUGAUUGGAUCAGCGGUUUGGAAGCUCGGCUAGAAAAGACCGCAAAUGAUUUUGAUAAGCUCUUGGAGAGGAUUGUGCAAGAUCAUGAAGAUGGUGACGGCAAUAAGGCUGAUUUCGUCGAUGUAUUACUCGCAGUUCAGAGAGAGAACAGCGUCGGGUUUGAAAUCGACCGGUCCAGCAUUAAGGCAAUCAUAUUGGAUGCUUUUGUGGGUGGUACUGACACAUCUUCCACACUAGUGGAAUGGGAAAUGACAGAGCUUUUAGGUCAUCCAGAGUGUAUGAAAAGGCUUCAAGAUGAAGUCCGUACAAUCUGUAAGGGCAAAUCAAGUGUUUCUGAAGAUGACGUUAAAGACAUGAAAUACUUAAAAGCUGUGGUUAAAGAGACACUCAGGCUACAUCCUCCAGUCCCAUUGAUGGUUCCUCACCAAUCAAGAGACGAUGUCAAGUUAAGAGAUAACUACGUACCUGCAGGUACUCAAGUUGUAGUCAAUCUUUGGGCGAUCGGUAGAGAGGCUGCAACGUGGGGACCAGACGAGAACGCGUUUAGACCGGAGAGGCAUUUAGAUUCUUCUGCUGAUUUCCGGGGUCAAGAUUUUGAGCUGAUUCCAUUUGGAGCAGGGAGAAGGAUGUGCCCUGGAAUAUCAUUUGCUGUGGUGUUGAAUGAGGUGGUUUUGGCUAACUUAGUGCAUGGGUUUGAUUGGCAAUCUACAGAGGAUCAGACUGAUGUUGCUGAAUCAAUUGGUAGUGUGAUUCGCCGCAUGGACCCUCUUUAUGUCAUUGCAUCAUCUACUACUGUACUUGACUAA